AAAAAAAUCUUCUACCAAAGCUCAUUUCUUCUUUGAUCAAAUCAAUUUAAUUUUUAUCUUGUGUGAUUUCUUCUUUGCAAUAUUGUUUGCGGCAACCUACAAAAGAUGAUGAAUCCAUUUGACGCUCUGAAGAAGCAUCUCCGCGAAGACGCGAGGACACGAUUAGCCAUUCUCUUCGCUCAGAUUGCUCUGUUUACUGCAACAAUUUUUGUGUGGAGAACCAGGCUAUACGCAGAACAUGAUCGCACCGGUUUCAAAACGGCGUUGUCUUACCAAAUCAUGGCCAUUCUGGUAUCUAAUUCGAAUCGUUUGAGUAGUCCUCCUGGACCCAACCCUAGAAGGUGUGGAUCCAACCCUAGAUGGUGUGUUUUCGUGGUAAAUCUUAUUGCAAAUCUCAUCUGCUUGAUUUUAACUCCUGUUUUUGAGAAAUUUUAUGAGAAAUCCUUGAGUAGUCUGGGUUUUGCCUUGAGCAUCACUGUUUUGUGUCUAAUCCUACGGGUCAUAAUCCGACCCUUCACGGACCUGGGGUUGUUCGGUUUUCUAAUUGGAGUCAUUGUAUCGGUUGCGUACAAUCUCUUCGGACUCAACUUUCAAACUUGGAUAGUUGUGGUCAUCUGUUUUCUGCUAGUGGGUUUUAGUAUCUGGCUAGACUGGAAGUGGUUGGAGGUAGGACAAGAUCGCACUGGGAGGGUAUCAGAGGGAGGACAAGUUCAGUUACAGCGCAUUGAUAGGGUAUCAGAGGGGGUAUCAGAGGAAGCACAAGUUCAGUUACCGCGCACUGACAGGGUAUCAGAGAUUAUUGAGUUGUUAACACAGUUAACGGUGGCGGGUUUCCACCUCUUUUGGGUUUACAUUUUGUUUAGAACCAAUUGUCAAGCAAUGCCAAAAUCCAUAUCUUGCUCCUCAAGUUCUGUAAUGGAAAUGCUAGCAAGUUUGCUUAUUUUUAAUUUGUGGUAUACAGAAGUGCUAGCAAGUUUGCUUAUUUUUAAUUUGCGGUUAGAGGAUAAGCGGUUCGGGCAUAAGCUUAUUUCUCGUGUAUUUUCUCUGUUUAUGAUGCUGAUUAUCCUGCUACUCGUGGGAGUUGGUGGAUGCCUAAAGAAGGGCCUAAAGAAGAUAAAGAAGCCCGGAAAAAAGACCAGGAAGACGAAGAAGGGCUAACGCACGCAUGCCACAUAUAUCGUUAAGGCCGUGCCAGUCAGGUUUAUGUGACUGCACAUAUAUAUUGUACUCUAGCAUCUUGUUUCUCUUCGUUAUGGGAUCUUAUACGCAACUCUCAACUCCACGGGAACUUAUACUUCAACACUAUCCUCAUACCGGGCCGCGGAUUGGGUAGUUAUUCAUAGCAGAAAGUAGGAAUGUCCUUGAAUUGGAUUCGAGUUACCCCAUUGAAUCUGGUUGUCAUUCUUGACAAGGAUGGGCUGCCUGCACAACCUUCUAUGUGGUCAAGCAUUUUUUGUUUUGUAGUUCUGUGUUUGUACUGUGUUUCUGAUGUGGUUGUUGUAUUUGAUUUUCACAUGUGUCUUUUGUUUCUGGGCCAAAAAUAAUAAUAAAAGAUUGAAAGCUUC